CAACGAAAGAUUCACAAAAACACGAGGCUGAAACCAAGAACAAGGAUUCUAAAUCCUUCUCACAAUCAACUCUCGGGAGUAUGACCUGCCCCCGAGAUCCGGGUGCCUCGGAAGGAAACCAUCGGAUACCGAACCGGCAAUCAUCAUCACAGCACGAUCUUCUGCAAUUAAGAUUCAGACUCCAAAAAAUCUAUACUGAUACACCGAUAAUUGCGACAUGUGGCCUUAACGUAACCGGAACGUUCUUCGCUCGUGCCUAGUGAGAUAAACGAGGGCCGCAAGGUAGAAUUUGGAGUGCCGCAAAUCCACUUGUUGGGUAAGUGCUCUCAGUGAUCCCUUGCAAACUGCGGAUAACACUAUUCCACGCAUGGUCGACCAACGGUGACCUUGACGUAGUGCCCGGUGAUCGCACGUCGCUGUUCGCUUCGCUAAUUCGAUUUACGUGUCUGGAACAAUUUUAUCGCGGUGCGGGAACGGUUUAUCAGUCAUCUCAGAAUCUUGGCUCGAUAAUCCUGUGCGAUUACCAGGAUGUAUAAUCGAUCGGUUCGACGAUGGAACGUAAGUGAAGGCGUCGUGGUAGCGCUUCCCUUACAGGAGUGACCCUCUUAUCAGCCGUGUGUAUUUAUGUGUGUUUGUGUAUCGCCAGCGCACCAAGAUUCUUCCGAGGAGCAAAGUCCUUCCGCAACCGCCGCAGCACGCCGUCGAUUGCCCGAUUGGCUGGAUUGUCACCGAAAACCGGUCAGAAUGAUACUGCGAUUAUACGCCUCAUUGAUCUUCUGCUGGGACAUACUGAUCAUUCUGGUGCAGUUCUUCCUCACCCUGCUCAAGUCCCUGUUCCAUCUUGUACGGCCUCCGAAAGCGAAGAGCCUCACUGGCGAGGUGGCAGCGGUAAUUGGCAGUGGUCGCGGUGUUGGCUAUGAUCUCGCUCUUCAACUGGCAGCCCUUGGCGUGAAGGUGGCCUGUGUGGACAUCAACACGACGGACAAUGAUCUGCUGGUGAAAAAGAUCCAGGCCGCUGGCGGUACGGCUUGUGCGAUCGAGUGUGAUGUUACGGAUAAAGCCGCCGUCGGCAAGAUGGUUGCCACCGUCGAACGGAACUUUGGCACGAUUAGUAUGCUCCUACACUGCUGCAACGUGCCGAGUGCCCGCAGUCUCAUUACGGAACCUCCGCCAAUCGAGUUUACGCUGAACUUGGGUGUUAUUUCCCACUUUUUGCUUCUGGAAGCAGUUCUACCAAAGAUGAAGAAAGUAUCGCACGGCCACAUCGUGUUCCUUACCUCGGUGGCCGGUGUUAGCGGACUGAAGCAUCAGAUGCCAUUGGCCGUGUCACAGUUUGCGGUGCAGGGGCUGUACGAGUCGACGCUCGAGGAGUUGCGCAUCGAAAAGCGUCAGCACACGAUCCACACGACCCUGGUGCACAUCUAUCCGUUCAUCAUUACCGAUCACUGCCUCAAUGACAUCCGGCUACGCAUCUCUUCCGCCUUCGGCCGCAUCAAAUCCGACGAUGCAGCACAGCGCAUCAUCGCCGGCGUACGGCGAAAUGAGCUGGAAAUUAGCAUUCCCGGAUAUUUGCUGUUUCUAAGUCAUCUGCUCCGGUUACUGCCCCGUCGGGCCACGCUACUGUUGCGCGAGUUGAUUGACACCGGGCUAGAUCUUUGAGCGAGUGGGCCAUAAAUAGUCACCAAACCCAAAGAAAACCAAAUUUCGAUAGGAACGAUGGUCGGAAGCGCUACGAUGCACGUGGCUCCUUUGUUUGUAUUAUGUUUGCCUCUUCUAUUUCCUGAAAAUCCUCAGAGAUGCGAUGAAUUUUCCGCGCGGAUUGGCGGACAGUGGGACGGUUGAUGCUUUUGUAUAUUGAACAAAAGACUAAAUAUAGUUUAAUGAACUUUCAUCAAACCGAGUGGCCAUGUUGUGCCUUUCUCAGAUGUUUCUUAACGCCGUUUGCGU